AUGACACAUCAGUCCAUCACCCAAGCUCUCAUCCGUCCACUCCACAGUCCACGCUCACCAGUCAGCAGCUGUGAUGGAGCACUGUUCGUGAUCGAUGUGCAGCAAUCAGGCACGUCAAAGGUGAUCGAUGUGCAGCAGUCUGGCACGUCAAAGAUUCACACUCCUUCCAAUUUUGAAAAAGAUCUGGAAGCUGCAUCAGAGGCGGAAGCUCACGAGGCUCCGCGCCCUUCUAAGAGGAAAAGGGCUGCCCCCUCCAGCCCUUCGGCCAAACGUGCCCGCGACGUGCUCAGCAUCGCGGCAACUCGCAAGGCGGAGGCGGAGAAAAAGCGCCUUAAGCUCAUCGAUACCAGCAACCGAUCCCAAACGGACAUCCAACAGUUCUUCAGACCUUCCGGAAGUUCCGAAAACCAGCCCCCCAAGGCCCCUAAAGCCCCCAAGAAGAAGACUAAGCCCUCUCCGGCUUCCAUACCAGUCACACUAGAAGUCGGAGUUCCACCCAAGGCUGCUUCAACCGCCAAGCCGAAUCCUAAGGACAUCAUCAACGUUGAUGACAUCCCUGAAGAUCCGGCCGCCGAGACUACGCAAGGCGAUUCCGGCAAGGGUGCCUCCUCAUCUGCUCCUCCGCCUGAGCAACCUACCGCUACUUCCGCCGAGCCAACGGCCGAACAGUACGAGCAGAAAGUGCAGCUGAUCCAUGCCACUGGCGCGUCCCAAACUCUGUCGCUGCAGAAGCUCCCCCUUUCUCAACGUCACGCGGAAAUUUCAGCCAUGAUGGAGAAAGUAUGGGGGCCUGCGGAUACGGAGAUGAAGGAGCUCUCCGACCUUGAGAGUGAACUCAAGAUCUUUUUUGCUAAGCAUAAGGAGGUGCGCCAGAGCACGCGGAAGCUGCACGAAGAUCUGCGCGUCCAUGUGCUGGAGCAGAUGACGGAAAUAGAAGGGCUGCGCCAAACUGCUGAGAGUAGUCAUCAAGCUGUGCUCCGCCUGGAGACCCGAUUGAAGGAAGAAACUGACAAGCGCCCCACCAUCGAUGCCUUAUCCGCCAAGGUCCAAGUAUUGGAGGCGGAGAAUGAAACUCUGAAGAACUUCUUGAAAGAGUCCUCCGAGAAGGAAACUAAAGAAAAGAAGGAGCUCUCCGAGAAACAUUCCCGCGAGAUGGUGGAACUGGCUGACAAACUCAAGAAGAGCCAGCAAAGGGUGACCACCCUGGCGGCCAAGAACAAGAGCCAGGAGGCAGAGGCGGAAGCAAUUGACAAGUUGAUCUUCCCAAGCCUAGGCUUUGAGUGGACCAAAGAUUCAACCCUCAAAAGAACUGAGGCAUAUGAUGAAGCGCGGACCUCAAUCGAUGACCUCGUCGAAGCAUGUCGCGGAAUCGCCAAGUCCCUCAACCUGAAGAGAGCCAAGACAACGGAGGAGGAAGAAGAAGCUGCCGAGGAGGGCGAUGAGGAAGGCUCCGGGUCAAGUGCUGACCACGACGAGGAAGGCUCCGACUUCGACGACGGAGGCUCAGGCGGUGGCUCGGAUGAUGGCUCCGCCUACAUAGCUUCUGACGAAGAGCAGUCCUCCGAGAACCUGUGA